AUGGUUUGUGUAAUAGCUUUGAUGGUUUGUGUACUGUGAAAUGAGUUUAGUUUAGUUUGUUCUCAACCAAUUUUGAAUAGUUAGUAGAAAUUAAUUUUCGAAUAGCUUUGAUGGGUGUGUAAUAAGUUGUGAUUAGACUGUGGUGGUUUAUGGUUUAUGGUUAGGUCUUUAUGAUUGUAACUUAUUACUAGUUCACUUGUUUCACCUAUUAAAUCCCAACCCUCCUUCAUUAUAUCAUAUAUUCCAUAUAGCCCAACCCCAAUCAGCAUCUUCUGUCUCUCUUAUGGAUCAACCGCAUCCAUAUAGCCAGUCCUCUAGCUAUAUGAGCCUUCUGCACAGUCAGGAUGACAGUGUUCUCCAUUCGAACUUUCCUUUUGAGAGUUCUCCUUCUACUAUCAACAUGGGAACAAACGAAAUCCCUUCUUUCAGUACCCUACAGUCUGAUGCUCCAACUCCACCCGAAGUGAGACCAAAGAGGCGUAGGAUAAGGCAGCAAUGGACCCCAGCCGAUGAUGAGGUCCUGAUAAGUGCGUGGCUAAACACUUCUAAAGAUCCCAUUGUAGGAACUGAUCAAAAGGGUUUGACGUUCUGGCAACGCGUUGGAGAGUACUACUCCUCAAGUCCGCAUGCUAGGGCUACUGGUGACAAGAGAGAGCAUCUGAACUGUAAACAAAGGUGGCACAAAAUCAAUGAACUGACCAACAAAUUCGUCGGGGCCUAUACAGCUGCAGAGAGACAACAAAGCAGUGGUCAGAGUGAGAGUGAUGUGCUGAAGGUCGCUCAUGAUAUCUACCACAAGGAGAUGAACCUUAAGUUCAACCUUGAGCACGCAUGGUGCAUUCUAAGGUAUGAACAGAAAUGGCAAACACUCAACACUCCUCAAAGCAGUGGCAGUGCAAAGAAAAAAUCCUAUCCAGAAGUUUCAAGCCACAAUGUUGAGGAAGAAGAGAUACGGCCUGAAGGUAUCAAGGCUGCUAAAGCAAGAAGGGCUAAUGGUGGGAAAGGAAAGACUGAUGUUCAAUAUGUACUGUUUUAAUCAUGUAUCUUAACUAAGUUUCUUAACCUACACAUAUUAAUAAACUAUUCUAAGAACCUUAAAUUUUGUUUUAGCAAUAAGGAUGCUCUUAUCCUUCUAAAAAUACAUAAACGAUCCUUACUAGAAAUUGAUGUUAAUUAUGGCUCUGAGAGCAGCAAAGGCUCUUGCUUUUCAGGCGUUUACACGGUUUGUAGAUAAGGGAGUCAGAAGAAGAGAUCAAUGGCCACGACGGCGAAGGUAGACAACGAAGAGCUCCGGCGAUUCAAAGAUGUUAAUCUCGACGAAGCUCCGGCUCGCCGUCACGUUCGAGAUUCCUUGAAAGACACUCAGCUUAAUCUCGAUCACAUCCUCUUCAAGACACCAGGAGAUGGAAUCAAAACAAAGGAGUCUUAUGAGGUGAAUUCAAGAGGAGUUGAGAUCUUCUCCAAAACCUGGCUUCCUGAAUCUUCUAGCCCCAGAGCUCUGGUUUGUUUCUGCCAUGGUUAUGGAGAUACUUGCACCUUCUUCUUCCAAGGGAUUGCAAGGAGGUUGGCAUUGUCUGGAUAUGGAGUUUUCGCUAUGGACUAUCCGGGGUUCGGCUUAUCGGAAGGCUUGCACGGCUUUAUCCCUAGCUUUGAUCUUCUUGUUGAAGAUGUCAUUGAGCAUUACUCCAACAUCAAAGAGAAUAAUCCUGAGUUCAGUUCUCUACCGAGCUUUCUCUUUGGACAGUCAAUGGGCGGAGCCGUGUCACUCAAAAUACAUUUCUAACAACCAAAUGCGUGGACAGGUGCAGUCUUGGUAGCACCAAUGUGUAAAAUUGCAGAUGAUAUGGUUCCACCACCAGUAUUAAAGCAGAUUCUGAUCGGUUUAGCUAAUGUUCUACCUAAACACAAGUUGGUUCCACAAAAGGAUUUAGCAGAAGCAGCUUUUAGAGAUGUCAGGAAGAGAAACAUGACACAAUACAAUGUCAUCUGUUACCACGGCAAACCGCGUCUACGAACCGCUGUAGAAAUGCUUAGAACAACUCAGGAGAUUGAGCAACAGUUGGAAAAGGUGUCUUUACCAAUACUGAUUCUACACGGAGAGGCUGAUACAGUGACGGAUCCAUCAGUGAGCAGAGAGCUUUACCAGAAAGCGAAAAGUUCAGACAAGAAGAUAGUUUUGUAUAAAGAUGCUUACCAUUCUCUGCUUGAAGGCGAACCAGACGAAAUGAUCCUCCGUGUCUUGUCUGAUAUCAUCUCGUGGCUUGAUGACCAUAGCUCUUCAAGUUGACUCUCAUCAUUAGUUACUACUCCUAUGUAGAUUCUGAUUAUAUUGUUUACCUGUAUUUACCUAGUGAAAAUUACUUUCUUUUUUACAGUGGAUUAGCAGUACAGUGGUUAA